AAGCGGAAGUGCGCACCGAGGCUCCUGGGAAAUGUAGUCCAGUCGGCCCGGUGCCUGGGUUCGGAAAAGCCCGGCAAGGAUGCGUUGAAGCUCGGCGCUAACCUCCCAGACUCUCCCGCCUGCCCUGCGCUCAGCGACAAGCCCUCGCGUGGCCCUAAGAAGAGAGGUUGACGUUGGCAGCCCAGCGACGGUGGACAGGAACCAUUGCGGGCGUUUACUGAAGCCUCAGGGACUGCCUAGUGUUUGGGGUCAGGUGGGAGUAUCGUCAGUCUGGGGAGCAGAGGGCUCCCCCCGUGGGCUAGUCCCUUUGGUCACUACAGAAUAAGCGGAGCCGCAGCGCUGCUUCAGAGACCCAGCACAGCAGCCCCACGCUUGAGGUUCCGCAUCUUUCCAGGGGUCCUGGCGGAUGCCCUGUGCUCUCGCAUUCUGGGGCCAACUCCUAGGUCUUUUGUUGAGCUUAUGACUGGAAUCUUACAUCAUUUGUCCUUCUACCAUGUGAGGACACAGCAAGAAGUCCACAGUCUGCAAGAACUCGACCACAUUGGCUCCCUGAUCAUGAACUUCCAGCCUCCAGAACUGUCCCAGCCUCGUAGCACCGCGCCAGGCUCGAGAGUGAAGAAGGAACCCGACCGCACCUGAUUGAAGCCUCCCAGCAGAGCCCCCGGAGGGAAGGCAGGACGGAGGACGACGAGGCCGCGGGAGCUUCUCACCAUUCCGCUCGGACAAGUCUGAACUGGGGAGGGGGGAGAUCAGAAUAUUCAGAACCGGGAGCAGGGGUGAUGAUGGAGACCGACGUGGCCGACAUGCCCGAGAAGACAGCUCUGUCUUCCCAGGAUUCUCCCUUUUCCCAAGAACAGAGCACAGAAGAGGGAGAAGUGGCAUCUCUGCGCCUCACGGCUAGAUCCCAGGCACCAGUGACAUUCAAGGAUGUGGCCAUGGACUUUACCCCAGAGGAGUGGGGGAAGCUGGACCCUGCACAAAGGGAGGUGAUGCUGGAGAACUAUAGGAACCUGGUUUCACUUUGGCUUCCAGUCUCCAAACCUGACAACUACAAUUUGGAGAAUGGAAAAGAACCGUUGAUGCUUGAGAGGAAAACCCCCAAAAGCAGCUAUUCAGACCUGGAAUCUAAACCUGAGGGCAAAGAUUCAACAUCAGUGCCAGAUACUUCUAAAGAAGAAUCAUGCCAGACUGCAAUAAUAGACAGACUGACAAGAAAUAGUGUCUAUGACUCCAACUUGGAAACAACUCUUGAAUGUGAAAAUUGGUUAGAGAGUCAGCAAGGGAAUCAGGAAAGACACUUGAGGGAAAUGCUCACCCAUGUAAAUUCACUCCCUGAAGAAAGAGAUCAUGAGCGUGAUAUAUAUUGGAAAAACUUUAGUCAGAAAACUGUUCUUCUCACUCAAGACAGAUCUCCCAAAGGACCCUAUGCCUUUCAUACACUUGAAAAAAGGUUGAAACAGAAAUCAAACUUAAUGAAAAAGCAAAGAACCUGUAAAGAGAAAAAACCUCAUAAAUGUAAUGAUUGUGGUGAACUCUUCACUUACCAUUCAGUGCUUAUUCGACACCAGAGAGUCCAUACUGGAGAGAAGCCCUAUAGCUGCAGUGAAUGUGGGAAAUCUUUUAGCCACAGAGCUAACUUAACUAAACAUCAGAGAACUCAUACUAGAAUUCUCUUUGAAUGCAGUGAAUGCAAGAAAGCCUUCACAGAAAGCUCAUCCCUUGCAAUACAUCAGCGAAUUCACAUUGGAGAGAGACCUUAUGAAUGCAAUGAAUGUGGAAAAGGUUUUAAUCGAAGUACACAUCUUGUGCAGCAUCAGUUGAUUCAUACUGGAGUGAAGCCUUAUGAAUGUAAUGAAUGUGAUAAAGCUUUCAUUCAUUCAUCAGCUCUCAUUAAACAUCAAAGAACUCAUACUGGAGAGAAACCCUAUAAAUGUCAGGAAUGCGGGAAGGCCUUCAGCCAUUGCUCAUCCCUUACUAAACAUCAGAGAGUUCAUACUGGAGAAAAGCCAUAUGAAUGUAGUGAAUGUGGAAAAACCUUUAGUCAGAGCACACAUCUUGUUCAGCAUCAGAGAAUUCAUACUGGAGAGAAACCCUAUGAGUGUAAUGAAUGUGGGAAAACCUUCAGCCGGAGCUCAAAUUUUGCUAAACAUCAAAGAAUUCAUAUUGGAAAGAAACCAUACAAAUGUAAUGAAUGUGGAAAAGCCUUCAUUCAUUCAUCAGCUCUUAUUCAACACCAGAGAACUCAUACUGGAGAGAAGCCGUACAGAUGUGAUGAAUGUGGGAAAAGCUUUAAGUGCAGUUCAUCCCUCAUCAGACAUCAAAGAAUUCAUACUGAAGAGCAACUCUGAAAAAUUACUGAAUGUGAAGAAAUGGUCCCAGUCAAGAAGGAGAACUGAAGCAACUGUGAGACACAAGGACAAACCUUCAUGUCAAAUAUGGAGAAUAGUUCACAGGACAGUGACUCACUGGAGGAUAAGCAGCUUCCCUCCAUGAAGAAGAGGUUGCCAUGCCAUUUCUCUGGCUUUCAUGUCUAACCACAUUUUCUGUUGUUAUUGUUCUCUCUAUAUGUUUGUUGGUCUUUCCCAGAGCCCUAAAGAAGGUAGAAAAGGCAUGAAACCUCAAUGAUAAAUUGACAUAAGUUACAUGGGUGACCAAAAAUCAGUGGUGGUAUUGGAAACAUGAAAGCAAACGUUCAAAUAAAUACCUAACAAAACACUA